AUGGUUACUGCAAAUGAUAGAAUACAAGGUCCAUAUUCAACAACAGAAUAUGAACGAGAAUUUUAUGUUGAAGGCACUUCAUUAAUUGAUCAAUUAAAUUUGGAUCUUGUUCAAGCAUUAACUGCUGCAGAUAUACCUCUUGAAAAGGCCCAACCAGAAAUAAAAAUCUCCCAACUGAAUAAAAACAAUUACGAUGAUAAUGAAGAUGAAGGUAAUGGUGGUGAUAAAGAAGGCGUAUAUAAUGGUGGUAAUAAAAAAGGUGUAGGUAAUGGUGGUAAUAAAGAAGGCAUAGGCGUAUGUAAUUAUGGUGAUAAAGAAGGCGAAGGUAAUGGUGGUGAUAAACGAAAUGAAGAAAGGGAAGAAAUUAAUGAUGGUGAUAAAGGAAGCAAGGAUAAUGAUGACAAUAGAAGAAAGAAUGUUGGUAAUAAAAGAAAUAAAGUAAUGAUGGUAAAAAAGAGGCGAGGUGAAAAGGUAGGCGAUGGUGAAUGGUGA